AUGUCGGAAUCAACACCAUCAUUAUCUCGAAAAACAUUCGACAAAUUUGCAUCCAUAAUAGAAAAUGGCCAAAAGUACCUGUCUCAAGAUGAUUUCUUGAACGCUAUAGCUCCUCCUAAUGAGGACUACCACAAGAUUCAUCGCAAUUCUUAUGCUGUUUUGUUUCAAGUAGCUGAUAGAUCAAAAGCUGGACGCGUUUCUUGGAAUGACUGGGUUGCAUUUGAGAAUAUGCUUGAUAAGCCCGAUGCCGAAUAUGAGAUUGCAUUCAGACUGUUCGACAAGGACGGUACUGGAGAAGUCGACUUUAACGAGUUUGUGGAACAGUAUAACACGCAUCGUUCCGCAGAUGCCCUGCCAUUUAACUGGAACUCCAGUUGGGCUAAUCUUUACUUGGGAGACAAAUCCAAGCGUCACAGUUUGUCAUAUUCCAUGUUCUCGCAAAUGUUAAGUGGUUUACUUGGAGAACGUGUCCGUCAAGCUUUCCAAUACUAUGACAAGAAUCAAACUGGAUACAUCUUACCAGAAGAGUUCCAAGAAAUUAUCACCAAGACAGCUUCUCAUAAAUUGUCGGACAAUUUAUUAGAUUCGUUACACACCCUGUGUAACAUUUCUAAUUCUUCAAAAGUUUCAUAUGCUUCGGUGCGGGCAUUCCUCAAUGUGGUGAGGCAUGUAGACCUUGUCGAUGUGAUUGCCGAGAGAGCAACUAGUAGAUCCAAGGAUGGCACUAUUUCCAGACAAGAUUUCAUGGAUGAGGCCGCCCGUUCCACCAAAUUCUCUAUUUUCACACCUCUGGAAAUCGAGAUUCUCUUCCACUUUACCUCGCUUAAUAACAAGACUGGAAGAUUAUCUAUUGAUGACUUCCGUCGUAUGUUUGAUCCUUCGUGGCAGGAUUCAUUUUCCCGUUAUCAACGUGCUGAGAAGAUCAAAGUUGACGCUGCCAAGAACGCCCUUCGUGAUCCCAGUUCAUUUUUGCAUGAGGUAUUCGAGUCAGCUUAUAACUUUGCCCUCGGUUCGGUAGCUGGUGCUUUUGGUGCUACUGUCGUAUACCCUAUCGAUUUGGUCAAGACCCGUAUGCAAAAUCAACGUACUUCACAACCUGGCCAACAACUUCUCUACAAGAACUCUAUUGACUGUUUCAAAAAGGUCGUUUCUAGAGAAGGAUUCCGUGGUCUGUACUCUGGUCUGGGACCUCAAUUGGUCGGUGUUGCUCCAGAAAAGGCCAUCAAGCUGACAGUCAACGAUCUUGUUCGUGGAAAAUUCACUGGUGCUGAUGGUGAGCUUCCAUUAUGGGCCGAAAUCGUUGCUGGUGGUUCUGCCGGUGGUUGUCAAGUUAUUUUUACCAAUCCGUUAGAAAUUGUCAAGAUCCGUCUCCAAAUCCAAGGUGAGGUGGCCAAGACUGUUGAGGGUGCUCCCAGAAGAUCUGCUAUCUGGAUUGUUCGUCAUUUGGGUUUGGUUGGUCUGUAUAAGGGAGCUACUGCCUGUUUGUUACGUGAUGUGCCAUUCUCUGCCAUUUACUUCCCUGCCUAUGCCCAUAUCAAGAAAGACUAUUUUGGUGAGGGUCCUCAAAAGAGGCUCAGUAUUGGUCAAUUACUUAUAGCUGGUGCUGUUGCUGGUAUCCCAGCUGCCUACUUGACUACUCCAAGUGAUGUUAUCAAGACACGUCUACAAGUCGAGUCCAGAAAGGGCCAAACCUCGUACACUGGUCUGCGUCAAGCUGCUAAAACUAUUUACAAGGAAGAAGGAUUCAAGGCUUUCUUCAAGGGAGGUCCAGCACGUAUUUUCCGUUCGUCUCCUCAAUUCGGUUGUACUCUGGCUGCAUAUGAACUUCUCCACAGACUUUUCCCACUUCCUGGCCACGAGAAGACCGAGGCUGGACAUGCUGUUCCAUCUGCUGCCCGUACCUUUGAGACCCCAGUCAAGCAGCUCCGUAGUAGAAACGCUCUCAAGAUCCUGCUUGACAUUGACGAAAACUUUGGCAAACCAGGUGUCCUGACACCCGACCGUGCCAAGCUCAUCCCUGGCCUAAAAUAG